AUGGGUCGUUUCAGAGUCCUCUCGUUCAUAUCAAGCCGCAGAGGCUCCAAGAAUCAUCCCUCUGCACCUCCCACACCUCCCUCUGACGCCUCUGAUUCUCCAGUCAAGGCAUCUUCAAAUGCAUUCCAGACCCCACUCCCGCAGGGGAUCCCAGCUCCUGUUCCCGACACAACUCCGCCGUCAACAAGACCAGGUCGAGCAAAUUCACGUGCUUUUUCGGCACUUUUCCAACCCUCGCAGACGCCUGACUCUGAGGGAGAGUCCGUACCAGAGCUGGACCCAAUAUUCUCCUACUUGAAUAACCAAUCGGGCAAGCUGUACUACGAAGGCUAUUUCUUCAAGCUGAAUGACUUGGAUAACGAGGGUCGUCAAUGUCCGGACAGGAGGUGGACGGAGUACUUUGCGCAGCUCGUUGGGACAGUACUUUCUCUAUGGGAUCCCGCUGCCUUGGAAGCUGCUGGGCCUGAUGGAGACGUCCGUCCCACAUUCAUCAACGUUGCUGAUGCUUCCAUCAGGAUGCAAUCCCGACUGACGAUAUAUGAAAACACUUUACUUCAAGAGUCGUACACUGGUGCUCUAAUUGCCGGGAAGGGCAAAUCAAUAAAUAACAUGAAAACGAUCCUUGCAAAGACGGUCUUUAAACAUGAGGAUUGGGUUCGAGUGAGAUUUGGCCCAGGCACUCCGUGGAGGCGAUGCUGGUGUGUCGUAUCUCAAGCGGAUGAAAAGGAAGUCCAGAAACAAAAGAAGAUGCAGAAGAAAAAGUCUGCGUAUGACCGCUCGCUCCGACCACCAAAAGGAAAUAUCAAAUUUUAUACCUCGAAGAAGAAGAAGGCCAAGCCAAUCGCAACGAUCACAGAUGCGUUCUCUGCAUUUGCUAUCUACCCGCAAUCACGCACGUUGGUUAACCAGUCGACAUUGGUGAAAGUGGAAGGCCAUAUCACUAUCCAUACGCAACCGGAGACUAGCGCUGAGGGCUUCGUCUUUGUUUUGCCUGAACUCCAUGCGGCAGUUUCUGGAUUUGAGACCAUGCUUCAAUGGCUUUUCCCAGUUUUUGAUGCUUUCCAACUCUAUGGCAGACCAACCCGACUCUUGGCCGACACCGUUAGCACGCGCAGCUUGAUGUUUGCUAUGCCAAGCAAUCGACGAAAUGGAUACCUGGACACCCUAGAUGUAGCUGCCCUGAUCCACACAGAGGGCAGCCGCAACUGGAGUGAGCGAGAAUGGAGACAGCAAUUGAAAGACGCCACAGCUCGACGGAUGACUUCAAGCAACAACAGCAGAGUUAGCAGCAUCUCAGGUAGGCGCGGACCAACUCGAGCCAGUCUCCCAACCCAUAACGGACCCUCCUUAAGAUUCGAAGGUGCCAAUGGACAAUCUAGUGCACGACGGUUACUAAACAACCAUUCCUCAGAUGCGCUAGGGUUGCCUUCGCAGCAAUAUAAUCAAGGUUCCGCAGGGCCACAGGACCAUUUGAAAUCUCAUGCUAGGACAGCAUCGGAAAACGCGGCUACCGGAAAUAGAAAUGGCUAUAUGCAAAACUCGCAACAGCGCAAUUUUGAUAUGCGGCUACCAGAAGAAACAGUAGACGAGGUUUCACCACAGCCUCCACCGCAUGGAAUUCCUCAACUAGACGGAGCCGGCGAUGGAUACAUGUCAGCUGGUCGAAGCAGCUCAGGAAGCGAGACCAGAGCCGAUCACGUUGCCGAACGUCAAGAAAUUGGCGACGGCCUCAAGCCAAGCCCACUCCCGGUUGAUCUAACCGUUCCACCAGAAUUCUCCCAUGAUCCGCAAGAUAAGCCUCAUAUUCAGCCAAAAAUGUCCCCAGAAUUGAGACGUGCGGGGAGCCGUAUAUCUCAUGGAACAUACUUUCAGAUGAUGAGCGCCAGCCACUCGCAAGAGUUUGAAGCCUCUAUUGCAACAGGGCAGAAUGAAAAGAGACAAAGCAUGUCGUUUGAUCCGUCCAAAAUAAAUGAAGGAUAUGGGGACGUGAGCCCUGAGAAGACGGCGUUUGAUGGUAAUCCCCAGUUUCCAAAACCACUCGCGGCAGAUGCCUCCAGUUCGCAUUACUCAUCCCCAACCAGUCCUGUGAACUCGGCGCUCGACGGCAGCCAAUUCUCUGCCCCUCUUGAUUCUACUCAUGCUAAUUUCUCGCGUAACCCUCCCCGACAGUCUCCGCAGAAGCGCCUUCAGGUCGAUACGAAUCUAUCAAUCCCCCGAAAGCCGGUUCCGCCAGUCCAGGAUGGCUCGCAAAGCCCCGGAGCCAGAACGAUCUCCAGUCUGGGAAGUCUUCGCCAAGCCAUCGAUAUAGAGGCGUUGAAUCGAGUUAUGACGCGCGUACGGACACCAUCUCCUCCACCUCCACCCCAAAGGAGGUGUAUAGUAGAUGUUGAAAGUGUCCAUGAACCAAGUCCAGCGACAACUCCAGACUACGCUAGCACUAUAUCCAAUCGAUCAACACAAUCAGCAACAAAACCAAGAAUGGGUAGGAUGAAAGUCGUUGGAACGCCAGAGCCUACUUUGAACGAUGUGAUCAUUGGUGAUACUUAUUACAAAGCUGGAUCUGUCGCCGAGCCGAAUCCAGAUAUCCCGCAAGUCGACUUUGGCCCAACUCUUACCUACUCGCCUACAACUCGACGACCAAGUACUGGUGAUACGUUGGCCCGCUUAACUGGCCACAAGAAGUCACCUGAGCCGAUGGGCAAAACUGACAAGCGAGCGACCUGGUUCGGCAUGGAGAACAAACCGGCCAUGUCGCCCAACACUGAUGAGAAGCGUCGAAGUCUUCUUUGGCAACCCGGCAUGGUCGACAGCGGCUACAACAAUACGGGCUCUGGGUUAACACCUGAACAAUUUGUCGAGCAGCGUGCGUCUAAUCAAGCUAUUUCCCCUAUUUAUCCCCACCACCAAAACACCUCGCGCCCUUCUUUGCAGUCUCGUCCUGUUUCGGGAGAUUGGGCAAACCAGUCACGACCACAGUCAAUAUAUCAGCUACCCCCAAGGCCAAAUUCCCGGGGCUCAACUAUCAUGCUGAAUCAAUCGCAACAAUCGGUAUAUCAGCUACCUCCACGUCCAAAUUCGCGUGGCUCAACCACCAUGUUGAAUCAAUUACCACCAAGACCAAACUCUCGUGGUUCAGGCAUCAUGUUGAAUCAGCCUGAUAUCUCACCUCAUCUUUCUGCUCGAGAACAAGAACAUGUUGCUCGCAUGACUGGAUCCUCAUUUUUCAACAUGGAUAAAGAAAGCAGCAAACGCUCAUCAGUAAUCGGGUUGGGCUCGGGACUUGUGAGCGCCAUAGAUGCUCGCGAGCGUGAGAAGCAAGCAAUAAAGGAAGGUGUCAGUGGGCAGAUGGUACAACAGGCCAUUGCACAACGUCAAUAUUCGGGACAAUACCAACCACAGCCGCAAAUGUUGCAGUCAUCAGCAUCCCAGUACCAGCUACCUAUUAACCAAUAUCCCGUGGAAACCACAAGCACUAGCGUUUACAACUUCCCGACUCGACCAAACCUUGGCUCUCGCUAUCAUCGAUAUUCAAAAUCCCAAGACCAUCUACAGUAUAUGUGA